ACGCCGCACGGCAUGGCGACCACGGACGGUCGCGGGCGGCGGAGGGGGUGACCCUCGCCAGAACGCGCCGCGCGCAAUCGCUUCGCUUGCUGUGCCUCCCUGCCUGCCUUGCGCACCAAGAACCCGCCGCGUAUCAUUACUGCCUCGAAGGCGUGCGCGCUCGGGUCCAUCCAUCCGUGGCUCUGAUCACCUCGCAUUUUCUUCUUUCCAAGCGAUCCAAGAGAAGCAGGCGGAGAGGGAGGAGAGUGAUCGAGGGUGUGUUCCGCGAGGAUUUUUCGAUGCUCUCCCGAAAGGGAGGCAUGGGAGUGGGACUGGGGAGCCAAGGAAUGGAGCGGGCGCCGGCGGCACCGACGUCGAGUUCAGCAGGAACGCAGCAAGCUCGCGCGAAGGACAGUGCCACUCCCACGCCGGUCGCUGGAAGGUCUCGGCCGGCACAACAAGGGCUGGGGGGCCCGGACAACAUGCGCCACAACUACCGCGGCGUCCGGCAGCGCCGGUGGGGCAAGUGGGUCGCCGAGAUCCGCGAGCCCAACCGCGGCAGGCGCUACUGGUUGGGCACCUUCGACAACCCCAUCGACGCGGCCCUUGCCUACGACCGGGCGGCCGUGGCCAUCCACGGCACCCUUGCGCGCCUCAACCUCCCUGCUGGGCCCACUGCCGCCGUCACCGUAGCCGCGACGGUGCAAUGCCAGCCCGCGUCCUGCUCUCCUGCGGCCGCCGCGGCCGACUUUUUCCAGGGACAUGAAGUGAAGCCGAUGGUUGCUGCUGCACAGAGUGGCGGCUCGGCGAUCAUCACCCAGCAACGGGGCGCUUCUUGGGCUGCACCUGCGCCUGCGCCUGAGGAGAUGUUCGACGACUGCUCGGAUGACAUUUCCAUGUACAUCGAUUUCGACGCUGUUGCAGACAUGAUGCCCUGUUAUCCUGGCAUCAAGAGGGUGGAUUGCGAGCCUGACGGGUUCAACGCCGACGUCGUCGGCUCGCCGCUGUGGGCGCUGGGUGACUGAAGUGGUAUCUGAGACAUGGUGAGACGGGAAUUUCGCUGACUGCAGUAGCAUCUUCGUUCUGAUCUUUCUGGCAGGAUUAGGAAUGGAAUUGUUUAGCUUUGCUGAUAGGCUCUUCAGAUUGAUUAGCUAGCUGAACAUACUUGCGUGUAGGAUAGUACUCAGUGGUGCCUUUGUAUGCAUAAUCUUUUGUGAGGUGGGACUGUAGUGAUCUGCAGAAGGUCAUGAUGAAUAUGAGGUCCACUAGUCCAUCAACCUGUGCAUAAGCACAGGCUAGUAAUUUUAGAUUGCACAUGAACCGUGCAGUUCAUUAAACAAUUGUUAUAUGCUCAAGAUUUAGGAUCUGAAAAACAAUAUUUGUCAUUUUUUUUACAUUUACACUUUUUAUGGUGCAAAUAGAUUUGUCAAUUUACUUUUGA